AGUAGGAAAGAAAGAGCACACCGUUCCCUUUUCCACAGCUUUUAAUCUUAAAAACAAUGUAAUCCUCAGUCGCUGGGGGCAGAGCCCGCUGUGGCGGGACCUCCCUCGCAAAACUGCCGGGAUCCUCUCAUUUCCACCCUGAGCAAAGCAGGCGCCUUCUCGAAAGGAGUGAAAGCCUCCCAGCUCGUCCGGCGGCACAGGAAUAGCCAUGUCCACGGGGAAGAUCUGCUGCCUGGUGCUGCUGACCCUGGGGGUGCUGGCGGUGGCCGUGACACUCGUGGUCAUCCUGACCCAGCCCCGCUGCGGUCCCCAGCGCUACCUGCACGGUGCCGUGGCCGCCGACACCGAGACCUGCUCUGACAUCGGCCGGGACAUCCUGAAAAGUGGAGGCACAGCUGUGGAUGCUGCCAUUGCUGGCUUGAUCUGCACCUCGGUGAUGAAUCCUCAGAGUUCGGGCCUGGGUGGUGGGGUCGUAUUUACCAUCUAUAAUGCCAGCACAGGAACAGUCGAGGUGAUCAACGCCCGCGAGACAGUCCCACAAGUGUUUCCUCACAAUUUACUGUCUGCCUGUGGCUCUGGUUUCCCCAUUGGUCCCCCCUGGAUUGCUGUGCCAGGAGAACUCCGUGGGUAUGAGGAAGCCCACAAACGACAUGGUCGCUUACCAUGGAAAGACCUGUUUGAACCAACCAUCAAGCUCCUUUCAGAGCCACUUGUCAUUUCCCCCGUUGUGGACAAAAUAAUCAAUCACCCAAUCUUCUCCAUUCCAGGAAAAAGCCUGUGCCCACUGCUAUGUGAUGGUCAAAGGUUUCUGAAGCGUGGAGAGACCUUCAGGUGGCCGGCGCUGCUGCGAACACUGCGAGCUGUAGCAGAACAUGGAGCUGCAGCAUUUUAUGAGGGACAGAUAGGAAAGGCACUGGUGGAGGAUGUCAGGAAGGCUGGGUCCAGUCUCUCACUGAAGGACCUUCAGACAUACCGAGCAGAGGUGUCCUCAGCUCUGAACAUCACCCUCAACAACCACACCACGGUGUUUGCUCCGGGACCGCCCAUGGGAGGUGCAGUGCUCAUGUUCAUCCUCAAGGUAUUGGAAGACUACAAACUCCAUGAAGCAUCACUGGCAACACCUGAGAAGAAGGUAGAAACCUACCAUCACAUUGCAGAGGCCCUGAAGUUUGGCAACAUGCUAAGACCCCACAUGAGUGACCCAGCCUUCUCUAGAGCUCAGGUGACUGUGGGGACCAUGCUGUCUGACAGGAUCGUUGAGCUUGCCAGGCACCGAAUAGACGCUCGUGGUGACCACCCGCUCAGUCAUUACAGCUUGCUGGAGUCCAUCUACAACGGUGAAUACAGAAGCAUGGGCACAAGCCACAUCUCUGUGCUCGCUGCAGAUGGCAGUGCCGUGUCUGCCACCAGCACCAUCAACUACCCGUUUGGCUCCUUUGUGUAUUCUAACCAAACCGGGAUCAUUUUAAAUAAUGAACUUGCUGAUUUCUGCAUGGCAAACAGAAGCAUUAACCCAGGAGAGAAGCCUCCCUCAGCAAUGGUGCCUUCCAUCCUCAUCUCCAAGACAGGAGACAUGCUGGUGAUUGGGGGAGCAGGUGGGGCCUGGAUUGUCAGUGCUACUACCAUGGCAAUCAUAAACAAGCUGUGGUUUGGCUACGACUUGGAACGCGCCAUUUCAGCUCCCGUCAUGCACACUGAGGGUGACAGUGUCCUCUUCGAGGAGCGUUUCAGUGAGGAAGUUAGGAGUGGCCUGCUGGGAAGAGGACAUAAAGAAAAGAAAGAUAAAUUUGUAAUGAAUGUUGUGCAGGGAAUUUCCAAGGAAGGAAAAUGCAUCUCUGCUUACUCUGAUAAAAGGAAGCUGGGGAAGUCGGCUGGAUAUUAGCAUGGAAUGCCAUCACAACUCACAAAGCCAUAGGAGAUAACCAGAUCCAGAACAUGCUUCCCUUGGACAUGCCCAUAAUUGCCUGUUCCACCAGGGUGCCUCCUGGAGCAUGGGCAAAACCUGUGACUACAGCUAAUUCCAGCAGACUGCAGGUACCCUCAGGCAACGUAAGGAGAGGUCAGCCAGCCUUGUUUAGAGCUACACCUUCCAUUACUUGUGUGAUAUACUGAAAAACAUAUUUCUUGAGCACAUCAGCUACUCAGAAUGAGAGAAUAAAAAGUGGGAAAGGAAAAUUGGUCCAAACCCCACUGGGAACACUGUGAAAUGACCCAGCUGUAUCUUCUGUUCCUGCUGGAGUCUCAGUUAACAGUAGAAUUGGUUUCUUUCAGGCUGUUGCACAAGAAGCUUAUUACUACUGGGGCUCAGCAAUGUGAAAUACAUAACUAUUUUGGCUAUGAAGACUACAAGGAGUGUCUGUAGGGUCAGGAUUUUAAAAUCUGAAGCAUCCAGGCUUAGAGGGUGGGUUUGGAAAGAGAAGAGAGCAAAAUUCCACACUCCCCCUCUCCGUUUUCCCAUGUAAAGAAGCCCUAUUUUCCCGAAGGUGGCAGAUGAUAUCACACCACAGCACAAGUGCUGCCCUGCUCUACUGCUCUCUGCCCUAGGGGUGCAAAGGACCCCACAAGCUCAGAGUAACUGUGCCAACACUUAGUCCAGCCCUGCAACUUGGUGAUUUUGAGAAUAGCCUCCCAUGGGGCGAUGUGAAUUCCCUGCUCCUGACACAGGGCUUCAGCUUAGCUCCCCAGGGGCACCUCUCCCUGUGGCGAGAGGAGUCCCACUCUGUGCCGGUUCUCCCUCCUCAACGCUGGUAGGUCAGUUGUUUGGGAGGGCAGGUGAGCACUGCAGUGGAAGCGCUGCUGGUUUUGGAAGCUUUAGAACUUUCUUCAAAAUGCAAAGGAAACCCAUGAUCAGGAGAUAACACUUGUAGCCAUGAGCUCAUCCCGGCCAGGCAAACACCAGGACUGCUGGGCAGUGACGCAGCACCAUCAGGCAUUAGCAGAAUUCUCUUCUCCCACAGCUUAUGCACAUGCUCCAAAUCCCUGUUUACCACAGUUAGUCUCUAAUGUUCCCUUCAGAUCACAAGGAGGAUGUUGUAGGACUCUAAGAACUAUCACAGAGAGAGAAAACUUCUGGAAAAGAAACCUGAACUCAUGCACCUGGACUCAAAAGGUCUUUUGCAUUUUAUCCAUAACAUUGCCCUGCUCAAAAUGGCCCAGAAGCACACAUUAAAAAAAAAAAAAAAAAAGACAA